AUGGAUGUUGUAAAGACAAAUUUAGAAGACAUAAACUGCCCACAACUAAAGGAAGUUACUCGUCACGUUACUAAAGCAAAAAAAUGUGUCGUAAUUACGGGUGCCGGGAUAUCUACUAGUGGCGGAAUCCCGGACUUCCGUAAUAAAGAAGUAGGCCUUUAUGAACAAGUCAAAAGACAAUUUCCCGGAAUCUUUCGUACCGGGAAAGACCUCUUUGACGGAGAAAUGCUGACGAGCCACGAAGCUCUUCAAGCUUUCAAUUUGUUUAUGGGCUCUUUAAAAGAACUCAUUGUGAGUUCUUCACCAACAACAACUCAUUAUUUCCUAAAGAAGUUGGCGGACAUGAAAAAAUUAACUCGGGUUUACACGCAAAACGUGGAUAACCUUGAGGAAUCGGCAGGUCUGAAAGUGGAUUGGAAACUAGAAAAAAUCACCAAAUGUUCCGCCCAAGUUGUACAACUUCACGGAACUAUGGCAAGACUCCGAUGUACCAACUGCACGAACAAUUAUCCCUUUGAAAUCCAUUAUUGUAACAUAUUCAAGAAAGGGGAAGCUCCUUGGUGUCCCAAUUGUGAACAGAGAGAGGAUGCUCGACUUAAACAGGGGAGAAGACCACAUUCAAUAGGAAAAUUAAAACCAAUGGUCCUUUUGUACGGUGAUGAGCAUCCAAAUGGAUAUGAGAUCAGUCAACUAGCUGCUUAUGAUGAAGCCAAAGCUGAUUGCUUAAUAAUAAUGGGAACCUCGCUCAAAAUUCCUGGAGUCAAAGCACUUAUAAAAAAUUUUUCCCGAGCUGUACACGAUCGAGGCGGUUUUGUCAUAUUAAUAAAUAAGUCCGAUGUAGUGAGGAGAGAAUGGAAUGGAAUAAUAGAUUAUCAAAUAGAGGGUACUUGUGACGAUUGGGUGAGGAUGAUUGAGGUUGAAUUGGCUAAAUUAGAGAAGAAACGACAUCCAAAGAACGAUUCAAUUGAUGGAAAGAUAAGGGUUGAAGGAGAGGUGAAUAAAUUGGAAAGUAGGAAUAACGAACAAUUGAUGCCAAGAAGGAAGAAAAUAAGGGGUAAUGAUGAAGAAUUAAACAUGAAAAAGUUAAAAACUUCCAAGCUCAAAUCAACCACCGUAUCCAAACGAAGGAGACUAAGAGCAACCCGCAAUACGUAA